CCCGGACUUUCUAUUUCACCGAAUGCUCAGUCCACAGUAGCCUGCCUUAGGCUCACUAAGACAGAAAAGCCCUUUUGAUAAUAACGCCAUCUGGGUUUAGUUAAGAGCAGAGUAGUACACCACUUCCUAUAUUCUUGUUCCUAGACUGCCUUGCAUUCUCAUAUCUCUUUCGGCAAUGCCCGUGUUCCAAAGCAAAACGUUUCGUCGUGCAACAACAGCAUCGUCUUCGCUCGGGGAACGGAUCGGCGAGACCUACCGCGCUAGAUUGCCCAAGCAUCCGUUUCUUCUCUUUGGAUUCCCCUUUAUUAUGAUAAUCGUUGCGGGGUCAUUUGCUUUGACCCCUGCUGCUGCCCUGAGAUAUGAACGGUACGACCGCAAGGUGCAGCAAUUAAGCCAAGAGGAAGCAAUGAAUUUAGGGCUGAAAGGGCCAGACGGGGAAGAGGGAAUCAGAAGGAACCCUCGGAGGCGGAUAAUUGGAGAUGAGAGGGAAGAGUACUAUAGGCUCAUGGCAAAAGAUUUGGACAACUGGGAGCAGAAAAGAGUGCAGAGGUUUAAGGGUGAACCCGAUGGGAAACUGUGAAAACUACUUAAGUACUAUCAUACCACAUAUUUUGCAUUCUGAUAAUCUCGCCUGUUGGCUGUUUCAGUAUUUGUUCAUUACGAGAGCUCUGCAGCUGAUCAGCUUGCGUCCUUUUCUAUAUACCUUUCCCCUUCCACUUGUACUUGUACUUGCCAAACAGCCUUUGUGAACCAAACUGUUGAGUAUGCACACACAAGAACUGUUUCGAAUCCACUCAUUUGGUGAUUUCAUUUAUAGAAAGCCUUGCACUUCUGUUAUAGAAUCCCCCUGUCAG